AGAGUGUUGGGCCACAGGAAGAUGGCGAGUGUGUCGUCCUGGAGCGAGCCUGAACCUGAGUCUGGGUCCAGCACCGGGCCAGGGGCCGCGGCUUCCGAUAACAGCCCGAGUCAGGCUACUUGGCAGGAGGGCGGCGAUCCGGCCACACCCCGAUGGGGCCCUCAACAUCCCGGCGCCAAGGAGCUGGCGCAGCUGUACUCUCCCGUUAAACGAUUUCAAGAAUGGGUAUGUGUUAUUCUAAACGUCGUUCUCAUGAACUGCAAUUUCUAUCAUCUGGUGAUGAAUUUCAGCUGGGACCACAUCCAUUUGAUCCUUAUUGGAAUUAUUGCAGGGAUGGUUACUGCUGAUUUUGCAUCAGGAUUAGUCCACUGGGGAGCAGACACGUGGGGUUCUGUUGACCUGCCUAUACUUGGCAAGGCUUUCAUCAGACCAUUCAGAGAACAUCAUAUUGAUCCAACUGCUAUAACAAGGCAUGACUUCAUUGAAACAAAUGGUGAUAAUUGCAUGCUUACUGUGAUCCCCCUGGCUAAUAUGGCAUACACGUUUUUAACUGUAUCUCCAGAAGCCAUGUAUGAUAUAUAUCCUUGGGAGUGCUAUGUCUUUUCUGUUGGACUAUUUGUCACAUUGACCAAUCAGAUUCACAAAUGGUCUCACACAUAUUUUGGACUUCCAUCAUGGGUCUGCUUUUUACAGGACUGGCACAUUAUUCUGCCCCGAAAACAUCAUCGUAUUCAUCACGUGUCUCCACAUGAAACCUACUUCUGUAUUACCACAGGUUGGCUGAACUAUCCCCUGGAGAGAAUAGGAUUCUGGAAAACACUAGAGGGCAUUAUUGAAGGAUUAACCGGAAAUAAACCCAGAACAGAUGAUUUCAAGUGGGCUCAGAAAACAAAGUAAUAUCUUGCCAAUCUUUUGACUUUUUAAACUACUUUUUUGCCAACUAAUUGCACCAGCCAAAUCUACGACUGCAAUUUGAAAAUGAUGUACCCUGGAAGCGCAUUCUACUGCUUUAAAAAAAAGGACUCCACUGAAGAUGUUUGAUGGAACUUGAAAACAUUUGGAUAGUAGUCCUUUGUAGCCAUUCAUUUUUCAAGUUUAAUAUUCACAUAAUAUACUAUGAACACCAUGUGUGUUGCACUUGACGUUGAGGUCAAUAGAAAUGUUUAUGGACACAAUUGUGCACGUGGAAGUUUUGGCAUCUCUUUUAGGGAUGGACAUGCUGACAAAGUUGCAGUGUCCAUAUGGUGCUUGCUUGUUUUGUGUAUUAUAAUAAUGAAAAGGCCUUAAAAUAACUUGUUUGCCAGAAAUAUUUAACUUUACUAUUUUGAAUGUAUAUACAUAUUUAAAAUGUACAACUGCACAUUAGUUGUUGUUGAAUUUGAAGUCAUACUUUACAAGUGCUUGCAUAUAGUGUCAGGCAGUUUGACCUGGAUCUGUUUCUUUAUCACAGCUGCUUUAAAUACAGGACAAAUUUCACUCUUCUUGCAGAGUGGCUCAAUGCUAAUAUUUCUAAAGUCUCCAUUCCACUGUCUAGUGUCUUACAAUAUAGAUCUGUUGUGGAAGCUUUUAAAAAGGUUUUAUAACCAAAGGCAUUUCCAACACCAGAUUCUAAGGCGUUUUAAGACCUAGGAAUAUAAGCUCCUUUGCACAUAUUGAGCAAUUUAACUUUUUAUUAAUUUUUCAGUACCUGUUGUUCAGUUUUGUGUAGUUUUUUGGCUUCAAUUAUAAUUGCCAAAUAACAACAAAUUGAGCCAUUCCAAGUAUUUGUAAAUGUGUCAAUUAAGGUUAUGUAAUUAAGGAAUAUUUGCAUUGUACUGGACAAUUGCCUGUAUAGUUUAAUACCACUCAAAUAAUGUAACUACUGUAAAUAAAGCCAAGGCCUUCUAUAAUGACAACUUGGAGUCUGCCUCAUUAGAGAUGUUAUCAUGAUAUCACUAACAGGAUGAGCAAAUGUGCAUAAAUGCUAGACACAAACCACAGUAAGGGAAUUCUUAUUUUUAGAACGUUAAGUUCUUGGCUCUUUACUGCAGAUUGUGCAUUUAAUAUUUAUUCUGUGUGUACACACUUUUUCAGCUCAAGCUCUGUCCUGAGUUCACUAUCUCUGUCUAAAUACUAUUUAUUGCCUUGCUCUCCUGUCCUCCCCUCCCCAGGCGCACUCCUGUUUUAUUUCUAUCUUUUUAGUAAUUUUGCUUUCCUAUUGUCUUGCCACAAAUUCCAGACAAACAGCUUGCCUCUGUCUAUUUUGGCAUUUUCUGAAGGGACCACUGAGCCAUCCUUCCUCUUGUGCAGCAGCACAAUUUCUCCUUUCUCUGGCAUUGCUAUCCUACUCACUAUAUCCAAUAUUACCAUUUUGAACUCUUGCCAAUAGACCAACAAGCUCACCUCCACGUUCUUGUCCGUACUAUCCAUUCACUCUCAAUGGAUCCCUUGAUAUCCAUGAUAUUGUACACAAUUGUCCUGACAUCUUGGAUUUUACUGAAAUUUCCCUCUUGAUAAAACUUCCACUAUCUUGGUACUUUGCUUACCCUGACCCCUAUGCCUGUGGUAGUGUCCCUUUCUCAAAUCACACUUCUGUCUCCUCUUUUUGUCUUGCUUCAAGCUAUUUAUUUUAUUCUGUCUCUUUUUAAAAUUACUGUUGGCUAAAGAUGCUUGUUUUCUUCCCUCUGUAUUCACAAAGGGGCACAUCAACCUCCAUGUGUGAUCUUCAUUUUGGAAAAAACCCAUACUCCACAUCUUAUACAGCAUACCCCCUAAUUUGUUUUGCAAUGCAUGGCUAAGUAGUGAAUUAUUUUAAUUUUUUUUCUGCAAGGACAGUAAGUUGAUUUGUUGUGUGCUCAGAAAGCAUAUGAAGUGUCAGUUUUCUGUGCUGCUAUGUGGAAAUUGAUCUAAUCUCCUGUCAGUUUCUGCUUAACGAUCAUUUCCAUAUUAGAUUAGAUUCCCUAUAGUAUGGAAACAGGUCAUUUAGUCCAACAAGUCCACACAGACCAAUUUUCCUACCCUCUAUAUUUACCCCUGGCUAAUGGGCCUAACACCGUCUGGACAAUUUUAGCAUGGCCAAUUCACUUGCUCUGCACAUCUUUAGAUUGCGGGAGGAAACCAGAGCACCUGGAGGAUAUCCAUGCAGACACAGGGAGAAUAUGCAAACUCCAUACAGUUGCCCAAGAUGGGAAUCGAACCUGGGUCCCUUGGCCUGUGAGGCAGUAGUGCUAACCACUGAGCCGCCGUGCCACCCUCGGCUAUAUCCCAGAUUCUCAAAUUUAAAAUUCUUAUUCUUUUAAUCCUUUCUUGGCUUUUAUUGUAUCCUUUUCUAGCCCCAUAAACCUUUCUCCUAAACUCUAUUCUUGACACUUUUGUGUUCUGCCCCAAUAUUUUUGCCUUAGCUAUCUGGACCUCCAUUUUCUGGCAUUCCCUUCUUGACCUCUUCCUCAGUACCUUCUCCCCAACCUUUUGAAGCUUUCAUCAUAUCCAUCUCAUUACCUUCAUCAAGCAUUUGGAUAAGCCCUGCUAACAUCUCUCCCAAACAUGACUCGAGAGCCUUGGUCUGUUUUUCUAUGUAAAAGGUACUAUACUUCUGUAUGAUAUUGAACAUGUAUUUUUUAUUUUGGGGAGAAAAAAGCAUUAAAAAUGCCAGUGUUGGCUAAAACAUUUAUUCCUACUUCCAUAAAAUUGAAACGCUUUUACUUUCCAAAAAAAUAUAUAUAUAUAUACAGGGCUUGCAUUUAGUCUAGUAAAAUUGAUUUUUAUUUUACUAGUCUAUCCUUCCAAAGGUUAGUCCUACUUCAAUAGCUAAUCUUUAGUGUUGUUUAUCCUAUAUUCUAAUUCCAAUCCCCACAAAUUCCUGGUCAAUCAUGUUUUUUGUUUUUGUUUUUUUUAGAUUCACUUGUCAAGUGAGCAUGAUGGUUACCAGUAAUGUAUUUAAAUGUAACUGUUUACAGUUUGCAAGCUAACGAUCAUUUAAUUACACAAUAUUAAAGGCUACUGAACAAAACCCAUUUGAAAAUUAACUUUUACACAUAUUAGAUUUGAGUUCUUUCAUUGAACUUAAUAUUUGAUCUGAAAUCAUUAGUUUUCUUUAGUGUCCUUUUUUUCCAAUUAACCACGUGAAACAUGAGCUAGUGCAAUGAACAUGGGAAAUCAGCAUGACUGUGCAGGAUCUGUGGCUACUUUCGAAAGAAGCAUUUUCACUUCUAAUGCUGAAUUGAUGUUUUGAUUUUAAAGUAUUUCUCACAAUUAGAACUGUAACAAAACUUAGAACCCUGCAAGCCACAUUCAGUUAAAAAGCUGAUCAUUUGGCUGCUUUUCAGCUUGAUCACUGGAAGAAUUCUGGUUUCCUAGCUCUGAUUGUACUCCUUUUAACUCAGCACCAAGUUCUGAAGCUUUGUGUCCAUAAACUAACCUCCAAAAACUAGCAGCUGCAUUAUUCCGCUGCAAAAACCUAAUCCUGAUUUUGUGUAUUCUGCUCACUAUUAGCUUGUAGGAAUUAUAAAUGUGACAUGUAUGG